CCAUUGAAAGACUUCCUGUGCAUUGAAAAACGUUUAUUUUAAAAAAUAUGGUCAAAAGUCAUUCGUACUCUAGCAGUGAAGAGGAUAGUGAGCAUACUCACAAGAAGAAACACUCAAAGAAACGUCACAAGGAAUCAAAGCGCAAACGACAGCAUGACAGCUCCCCAGGAGAACAGGAUGAAAGAAAACUAAAAAUAAAAGCAGAACCUGUUUCUGAUGAUGACUUCGGUGUGGAAAGCAGAUCAAGGGUAAAACAUGAACGACAUCGUGCAACCAAGCGUGAACAUGCUGAUUCUGAUGAUGAAAGGUACAGUAGACAACAAAUGAAAGAAGAGGAAUCUACUGGUACCAGUAGACACAGGGAUGGGCAUCGAGGUGGAAGAAGGGAGAGAGACAGAGGUCAGCAUUAUGAUAGACACAGUCAUCAUGGGCAUGUGCGAGUUAAACAGGAACCUCCCGACAGUGACGAGGAAAUGAGGAACCAACGGGAGGAGAGACGGGGGCAUGAUCAAAGACGGAGGGAAAACAGACAGAGAAGGGAGGAAAUGCCAGAGAGUCAGAGGUUUGGGAGGGGUGCCACUCAGGCAGAAGUGGGUAGAGACACUCAGGAGGGGGCUACAGGGCAAGACAAUAAUGAUGCUCCUAAUUUUGAACUAUCUGGCAAGCUCACUGAAGAUACAAACACUUACAAAGGUGUGGUGAUUAAGUACAACGAACCUCCUGAGGCUAGGAAGCCUAAGAAAAGAUGGAGGUUGUAUCCAUUUAAGAAUGAUGAGCCUUUGAAACCAUUUCACAUGCAUAGACAGAGCGCUUUCUUGUUUGGGAGAGAUAGAAUAGUUGCUGACAUUCCUGUUGAUCACCCUUCAUGCUCUAAACAACAUGCUGUUUUUCAGUACAGGAUGGUACCCUAUGAAAAGCCAGAUGGCCGGAAGGCAUAUAGAAUUGCCCCAUAUAUAAUUGAUCUUGAUUCUGCCAAUGGAACAUUUGUGAACAAUAAGCAGAUCGAGGGGAGGCGGUAUUUUGAACUCUUUGAGAAAGAUGUGAUCAAGUUUGGGUUUAGUUCCAGGGAAUAUGUUCUACUUCAUGAUAAAUCGAACACUGAUGAAGUGGCUUCAGAUGAAUCAGAUUAAAAUUUGUAAAAUGUAAAUUCAAACUGCUAUAAUUACAUUUAUGCUACCAGGAGUAGCUUUAAAUAUGUACAUGUAGCAAAUAAAAAAUAAAAUAGUUCAUUAGUUCUAAAUAAUAAUAAUAUGUGAUUAAAAUAGUUCAUGAGUUGUAAAUAAUAAUAGCAUGUGAUUAUAAUUGAUUUGCCUUAGUGGUCACAUAGUUUUGUUAACAGACAGAUGAAUUAAUUGUACAUACUUUUUUAAAUGAAUAAUUUUCAGUAUUUUAAACAACUGAAUUAAACUGCAACGUGCUUAGUCGAUAAUGUAAUAAAUUCAUAUAAUCUUACCAAGAUGAUAAUGUUAUUGAAAUAAAUUGAAUAUGGUGAUUUUUUAAAAGGAAUACUUAUUACCAAAUUUUGUCCAAGUAAAUAAUAUUAUGACACGCGACUUUUUUUAUACCAUCUAUUUUAAAUCAUAUUUGCUGAACUCAUCUGUUUAGCAAACAUCAUUUCAUGAUAUAUAAACAAUGUUGCUUUGGUUUUGAAUUAAUUUAAUACAAAAAUAAUUUAUUGACUUAUAAAAUAAAGGGAAACUCUUAUUUGAAGACUUAAAUUGAAUAAUCACUCAUGUUCGAUGAUAUUGUUAUCCUUACAGCAUUUAACCUACACACAAAAAUGUGACUCGGUGUGUUAGGGUUCUGAAGAGAACAGGGUACUGCAAAAGAGGGUCUGCCGGGGCUAAUGGAAAAAGGGCACAUUGUAUCAUGUGGUGAAAAACUCGAAUAUUAUGAAUCUGCUAGAAAUUGUUUGAAAUUGUGUUUAAUUGUAAGUAAUAUCAUGUUUCAACUGUCAAAUAUGUGAAGUUUGUAUGUAUUUACAGUGAUUUUUUUGGUGCCAUUUACUGCCUUCUUAAGGCUAUUUCCCCUUGCGAAAAACUGUCCAUUUUUCCCAAAUUUUAAUAUUUUUUUCCCAAUUAGAUAAAUGUAGAUUACAGUAAUAAAUAAAAAGCAAUGAAUUUCUUGAAAUAUAAACAAAAUCUUGACAAGACUUACUCUUUCACAGCAUAAUGUAUGCAUAAAAAAGUUAAAACAUGUAUAUUUGCCAUUAUAUUAGCUGUUUUGUAUUUUUCCGAAAGUUAACUUUUUUUCCCAAUUUCCAAGGCACAGGAGUUAAAAUAAUUCCAAAAAAAUCACUGAUUUAUAAACAUAUUAUAAGUUGCAAACUUGCAAUCAAAACAAAAGAAAUGCUUUACAGUCUUAAACAUUUAAUUCUAUGAAGGCAGAAGGGUGCUAAUGCUGGUCUCCAUGAGGGCAGAAGGGUGCUAAUGCUGGUCUCCAUGAGGGCAGAAGGGGAUAUAAAAAAAGAUCAGGGUGCAGCACCCUUCACCAACUCUUUAGCUAAAACCUUUUGUACUAGAGCUACUAAAGCACAUGUUCUAUUUUAGUUGUAGCAGUUUAUUUUAAAGUUGGUUAUCACUUUUGAGAAAAAAUAUGCCAUCAACUCCAUGUUGUUUUCAUAAAUAAUGAUUUCACAAGCUGAACUAUUUUUGUAUUGUCAUAUAUCAAACGUUAUUUGUGUAGUCAUGUUCAUAUGUGUUUAUAUUUUUAUAAAUCAUUUUGUCACAUCAAGUGUAAGGCAAUUUCAAAAUUAUAAUGUAUGAUUUUUCAGAACUUGUUUAAAGCUAAUAAUGUUGUUAACGUCAUUGAUGUUUUAUAUUUUAAAUCUGUAUUGCUCCAAAACUAGCACUUGUCAGAGUGCUCUGCAGUAUUUUUAUGAAGGUUUGAGACCACUGUUUCAUCUGUACAUGUUUUAUUUAAAUACAUGAGCUUAUCAUUUAUCAUUCAAAGUUCAUUAUCUUGUCACCUGUUGAAGUUAUCAAUGAUGUUGUUAACAAUGUUGUUACUUCACAGUUCUGAACAAUUAGGCCAAUGUAACAUACCGGUAAACAAUGUUCCCUUAUUCAUUUGUCAAAUACUUGAUGGGGAUAUUAAAUGUGUUUAUAAAUGGAUAUAUUUUCGACAAGAAAACAAAAAAUAGUACAAAAAUAUUCAAAUUUUCCAUAUUCAUUUGUUUAAAAAAUCAUUUUUUUAUGUUUAUUUUAAGUAAUUAGGGUUUAUCCAGGUUAUAAAAAGAACAGGGUGCUUAGGAAAUGAGACAGGGUUAAAAGAACACAUUGCAUAGCCCUUUGGAAAACUUUGAUAAUAUAUAUUUGACAAUUAUUUUUUUUAGAAAUGUGUUUAAAUGAAUUAGGUCUAGUCUUCAACUUGAAGAUAAAUUAAGUUUAUAUGUAUUUAUAAUCGAAUAACAAGCUCUUUACAGUCAUCGAAAUUAGACUGGAGUAUGAACAAGUCCGAAUUCUUAUAUUAUAAUUAAUGCUUGGCAUAAAGAUUUUGAACAAGCCCUGCUAUAUAAAAUUCAGAAUUUAAGCAAGCCCAGAAGACAUUUUACCAGUGCAGGGCUUGCGAGCUUGUGUUAAUUUCGACCACUGUCUUUAAUGGCACAGGAAAUAUUUGAAUUUCUUAACCUUACAAUUCUUAAUUAAAAGGAAGAAGGGUGCCCACAUUGGUCGUCAUGAGGGCUUCAAGAUAGGUGCUACCAAAAAAGGACAGUGUCCAAUAAAUUUUAAGUCCUUAGCUAAAACCCUGUAAGUUGUAUGAAGAUUACAAUUUUAACAAUUUGUCAAUGAUGUAUUGUGGAAAUAAAUAAGAUAAUAUGACAAUAUUCUAAUAUUUGUAUUCAUUCAAUCUGGAUGGAUAGGUUAGCUGUCUUGUUCAUGAAAAUUUAUUCCAUAGUAAACAUUAGGCAAGGUGCAGCGUUCUAAUGGAACCAGUUUUGUCAAGCAAUACCUUUGUUUUAGCGUGUCGGUUUUUAUUGGAAAAAGUCUUGGUUUGGUGUCGUUGUCAGCGCCAUCUGCCUCAUUGUGUAAAAACUUGAAACAACUAAAGCUGCACUCUUGGAGAUUGCCUGUUUUGACACUUUUUGCGCAAAUGUCUGGAAACAGUGCUAUAUGUGCUAAAGGUUAGAUCGCAGGUCUUCAUAUUCACGUUAGAAAAUUGAUGUUUUGUGGCUAAAAGUUUUACUAAUGCGUUAAGAAAAUAAAGUUCUUAGCCUUUUUUGAAAUUAUGAGGUCUUUUCUUUGGUGAGUUAUCUUUUAUGACUGAAUUGAAGGCAUUGAUACCAAAAUCAGCUGAUUCUGAGAUAAAAAAAAAUAAUUGUAAAUAAAAUUGUAAAAACCGUCUAUCUGUGAGGGUGCAGCUUUAAAUUAACUUUCAAAAUAUUCAAGUUAAACUGAUUAAUUGAAAUGAGUUGUUACUUUAUGGGCCAGUCAGUUAUUUAUAAUAUUACAUUAAAAUUUAGGGAGCCGUUUCAAUAAAUAUCCUUUUUAGCUCGACUAUUCGAAGAAUAAGGAGAGCUAUCAUAGUCACCCGAGCGUCGGCUAAACCACAUAUGUUAAAUAUUGCAUAGCACCUCAAAUAUUUUCAAUGUCCAUUGACAUAUGGCUUUGAAACUUUUCACUUUUGUUUACUAUCAUGCCCCCAAUCUGUACAUAGGAGGAGGUAACUCUAUCAAGCAUUUUGCCAAAUUAUGCCCCUUUUUCUACUUAGAAUUUACGUUUAAGUUUGCGUACCACCUCAAAUAUUUUCAAAGUCCAUUGACAUCUGGCUUUGAAAUUUUGCACACUUGUUCACCAUCAUUCCGCCAACCUGUACACAGAAGGAGGUAACUCUAUCAAGCAUUUUGACAAAAUUAUGCCCCUUUUACUACUUAGAAUUUACGUUAAAGUUUGCCUGCCACUUCAAAUAUUUUCAAAGUCCAGUGACAUAUGGCUUUGAAACUUUGUACACUUGUUCACCAUCAUGCCCCCAACCUGUACAUAGGAGGAGGUAACUCUAUCAAGCAUUUUGACAAAAUUAUUAUGCCCCUUUUUCUACUUAGAAUUAACGUUAAAGUUUGCGUACCACCUCAAAUAUUUUCAAAGUCCAUCGACAUCUGGCUUUGAAACUUUGCCCGCUUGUUCACCAUCAUGCCCCCAACCUGUACACAGGAGGAGGUCACUGUAUCAAGCAUUUUGACAUAAUAAUGCUCUUUUUCGACUUAGAAUUUACAUUAAAGACGUACCACCUCAAAUAUUUUCAAAGUCCAUUGACAUCUGGCUUUGAAAUUUUGCACACUUGUUCACCAUCAUGCCCCAAACCUGUACACAAGAGGAGGACACUGUAUCGAGCAUUUUGACAGAAUUAUGCCCGUUUUUCGACUUAGAAUUUACAUUAAAGUUUGCGUACCACCUCAAAUAUUUUCCAAUUCAAUUUAUGUAAAGAUCUCAGCACAUCAUGUAUUGCAUUGAAAUCUAAUCUAACAGUGAUCCAUGCAUGUUUCGCCAAAACUUUUCAAUCCAUACACCGAAAAGCGCCGGAAUAGUUGAGCGCGCUGUCUCCAUGACAGCUCUUGUUUUGAUGUAUUGUCAUUAUGUCUCCCCCUCUCUGGGGGAGACAUAUUGUUUUUGCCCUGUCCGUCAGUCCGGUAGUCCGUCAGUCCGUCCGUACGUCACACUUCGUUUCCGAUCGAUAACUGGAAAACCGCAUGACCUAGGAUCACCAAACUUGGUAGGGAGGUUGGUCGUGAGGUGUAGAGGAUCCCUAUUGUUUUUGGGGUCACUAGGUCAAAGGUCAAGGUCGCGGCGACCCCCAAUGUAAAAAACAUUUCUGCUCAAAAUCUUGAGAACGGUUUGACCUAGGUUCACCAAACUUGGUAGGGAGGUUGGUCAUGAGGUGUAGAAGAUCCCUAUUGUUUUUGGGGUCACUAGGUCAAAGGUCAAGGUCGCGGCGACCCCCAAUGUAAAAAACAUUUCCGCUCAAUAUCUUGAGAAUGGUUUGACCUAGGUUCACCAAACUUGGUAGGGAGGUUGAUCAUGAGGUUUAGAAAACUCCUAUAUUUUGGGGGGUCACAAGGUCAAAGGUCAUCGUCGCUGUGACCUCUAAUGUAAAAAAAUAUUUCCGUGCAAUAUCAGGAGAAUGCUUUGAUCUAGGUUCACCAAACUUUGAAGUGAGGUUGGUCAUGAUGUCUAGAUGAUCCCAAUUGUUUUGGGGGUAACAAGGUCAAUAGUCAAGGUCGUGGUGACCUUGCAUGUAAAAAUCAUUUGCGUGUAAUAUCUUUAUGUCUCCCCCAUUCAUGGGGAGACAUAUUGUUUUUGCCCUGUCCGUCAGUCAGUCCAUCAGUCUGUCAGUCAGUCAGUCAGUACGUCACACUUCGUUUCCGCCCAAUAACUAUAGAACUCUUAGACCCAGGAACUUCAUACUUGGUAUGCUAGUUGGUCAUGACUAGUAGAUGACCCCUAUUGAAUUUGGGGUCACUAGGUCAAAGAUCAGGGUCAACAUGACCUUGAGGUGAAGAAACGGUUUCCACUCAAUAACUAAAGAUCCUUUGGGUCCAGGAACUUCAUACUUGGUAUGCUAGUUGUUCAUGACUAUUAGAUGACUCCUAUUGAUUUUGAGAUCAAAAGGUCAAAGGUCAAGGUUACCUUCAGGUAAAAAAUGUUAUGUUGGCAGUGACCUUAAGCUUAAAAAUGGUUUCUGCUCAAUAACUAAAGAAAGCUUGUACCCAGGAACUUCAUAGUUGUUCAUGACUAGUAGAUGACUCCUAUUGAUUUUGAGAUCAGUAGGUCAAUGGUCAAGGUCACCGUGACCUUGAGGUGAAGAAACUGUUUCCGCUCAAUAACUAGAGAACGCGUGCAACCAGGAAUUUCAUACUUGGUAUGCUAGUUGGUCAUGACUAGAAGAUGACCCAUAUUGAUUUUGAGAUCACUAGGUCAAAGGUCAAGGUUGCCAUGACCUUGAAGUGAAGAAAAAGUUUCCGCUCAAUAACUAAAGAUCCUUUGGUUUCAGGAACUUCAUACUUGGUAAGCUAGUUGUUCAUGACUAGAAGAUGACCCCUAUUGAUUUUCAGAUCAAAAGGUCAAAGGUCAAGGUUACCUUCAGGUAAAAAAUGAUACGUUGGCGGUGACCUUAAGCUUAAAAAUGGUUUCUGCUCAAUAACUUAAGAACGCUUGUACCCAGGAACUUCAUUCUUGGUACGCUAGUCGGUCAUGACUAGUAGAUGACCCCUAUUGAUUUUGAGAUCAGUAGGUCAAAGGUCAAGGUUGCCAUGACCUUGAGUUGAAGAAAUGGUUACCGCUCAGUAUCUAAAGAACACUUGCACCCAAGAACUUAAUACUUGGUAUGCAAGUUGGUUAUGUAGAUGAUCCCUAUUGAUGUUGUGAUCAGUAGGUAAAAGGUCAUGGUCACGAUGACUGUGAGCUGAAAAAUGGUUUCCGAUCAAUAAUUGAAUAACGCUUGCGCCCAGGAACUUCAUACAAUGCAAACUUCGUUUACAUUUUCCAUGAUUAAUCAACAACACUUUCUUCUCUUCACUAUUUAAUAUAAUCGAAUAAACCAAACUUCACUGUUGGUUUGUCUCCAGUCCAAAGUUACAAAUUUCAUGUCCAUCAUUUAUUUUUUCUCAGCUACGACCACACAAUAGGGGAGACAAGCGCUUUUUCAAAAAAGCAAUCUCUAGUUUGUGGCAGUGUUUAUACAGAUUUAAGAUUAUUCAACUUAAAGCUUUUAUUGAAACAGCCCCAAGCCAUUUGUGAUAAAGUAGCAUAGAGGUCCUCUUUCAGAUAUGUUCUAAUCAUACCCUUGGGGUCAGGAUUCACCCUGCCCCAUUGCUCAAAGUGGUAUGCAUUUUUGCUUCCUUCAAAACAGUAUGAAACAAGAAAAUCUUCACAUAUUCAUGAAAUAAUAAUAAAAAUAACUUAAUUAAGUCAUUUCUUAACUUAAAUUGAUUUCCUGAAAAAUCAUGAGAUUAAACAUCAAUUAUUUUUUUUUAAUGAGAGGUACAAAUGAUUUUAACAUAGAAGUGUGUACCGGUAUAUUAUGUUAAAUUAAUGAAAAAUAUAAUAUUUUACAUGAUAUUAAGUUGGAAUAUCAUAUUACCAGUUCGAUACUUAACUGCUGCUUCUUGGACACAAAUCUUGGACCUACUUUUUCCAUGUGUAUGCACUUAUAAAUGCAAGCUGGUUCUCAACAGUUUGUAAUCAUUUAUGAUAAUCUUUUAUCGGAAAGUUGCCUCAUAAACUAUCAUUGCUCAUUUUAUGGGACUUAAUUAUUUAACUUUGUAUUUGCCUUAUACUUCCGAUCAGAAUUUAU